CCCACCCACCCGGGGCUCCCGCGCGGAGCAGCCUCCUGCCCUCGAGCCCUGCAGGGGGCUCCAGGAGGCCGCUUUGGGCCGGGCCCCAGGAAAACGAGGUCUCCGCUGUGGGAGCCUCGACUCUUCUUCCUGGCCGGUGGCGGGGCGCAGCGCCCUCCCUUUCACCCCGUCUUUGUGCGGGGUGCCGGCGGCCAUUGUGUCCGGGCGCGGAAUGGAGGACCUGGCAGUCCCCCAAUGCCAUGUCCAGGGCCUUUGGGGAAUUCAGAGACAACCGGCGGUGUUUGUGGGGGGUCUCCAGCACGCAGCCUCUCGGAAAGGCCCGCGGCUGUGCUUUCCGAAAUCAGAUCGCAGAUCCGAGGCGGUUUCCCCCUCCCGGCGUCCCUGCGCGAAACCUUGAGAUUCACUGAGAAGUCCCUUCAGGGGACUCAUCCAGGGCUGAACCUUUAUUCUGGCUUUGGAUCCUGGAAGAGAGUCGCCAAACCCAGGGCAGACCCAGUGAGUGAGCAGGUGUUUUGGACAAUGGACUGGUUGAGCCCAUCUCUACUAUAAAAAUGUCUCAGAGCAACCGGGAGCUGGUGGUUGACUUUCUCUCCUACAAGCUGUCCCAGAAAGGGUACAGCUGGAGUCAGUUUAGUGAUGUCGAAGAGGACAGGACUGAGGCUCCAGAAGGAACUGAUUCAGAGAGGGAGACCCCCAGUGCCGUCAAUGGCAACCCAUCCUGGCGCCUGGCCGACAGCCCCGCGGUGAACGGAGCCACUGGCCACAGCAGCAGUUUGGAUGCGCGGGAGGUGAUCCCCAUGGCGGCGGUGAAGCAGGCUCUGAGAGAGGCCGGCGAUGAGUUUGAACUGCGGUAUCGGCGGGCCUUCAGUGAUCUAACAUCCCAGCUUCAUAUAACCCCAGGGACAGCCUAUCAAAGCUUUGAACAGGUAGUGAAUGAACUCUUCCGGGAUGGGGUAAACUGGGGUCGCAUUGUGGCCUUUUUCUCCUUCGGCGGAGCCCUGUGUGUGGAAAGCGUAGACAAGGAGAUGCAGGUAUUGGUGAGUCGGAUCGCAAGUUGGAUGGCCACCUACCUGAAUGACCACCUAGAGCCUUGGAUCCAGGACAACGGAGGCUGGGACACUUUUGUGGAACUCUACGGGAACAACGCAGCCGCUGAGAGCCGGAAAGGCCAGGAGCGCUUCAACCGCUGGUUCCUGACGGGCAUGACCGUGGCUGGUGUGGUUCUGCUGGGCUCGCUCUUCAGUCGGAAGUGACCAGACACUGACCACCCACUCACCUCUCGCCUCCCACCCUGUCUCCACCACAACUCUCUCUUCAGCCACCAUUGCUACCAGGAGAACCACUACAUGCAACUCACGCCCUCCCCCAUCACAGGGUUGGGCCUAGACAAAGUCCCUUUGCAGUUAGCUUUCUAGAACCUACCACGCUUCUGUGAGAGCCACCUUCCCCCCACAUCUCAAUUCACUUGGCCUCAAAAUUCACAAGAUUCUCCCCCAAAACAGCCCCUUGGAGGCUGGCAGGAGUGGGAAGGGAUGUGCUAGAGAGAGGAGAGGGGCCUGCCUGGCUGGUGGGAACCCCUAUUACCCCUGAGCCUCCUGGGAAUGCUUUCCUGGCAGGGAACCGGAAAGCUUCCUAACCCUUUUCCCCAGAAAGAGACUAGAUUGCCUUGGUUUUGAUGUGUGUGGCCUCAGAAUUGAUCGUUUCCCACCCCACUGUGUUCCUGACCCCCGUCUUCCCUUCUCCACCCCCAAGAGCCAUUGAGAAGCCCUUUUAUUUUUUGUGUUUUGGUUUUCUCAAGACAGGGUUUCUCUGUGUAGAUUUGGAGCCUGUCCUGGAACUAGCUCUGUAGACCAUGCUGGCCUCGAACUCACGGAGAUCCGCCUGCCUCUGCCUCCCGAGUGCUGGGAUUAAAGGCGUGUACCAGUACCACCCAGCGAGAGGCCCCUUUUGACUAGUUAGAAAUUCAGGCUGCUUGGGAUAAAGGGGCAAGUACCAGACCUCCUCCUGGUCUGAAUGUUCUCCUGAGGCCGCUGGCUAAAGGCCAGCCCCACCCGGGAGGAGGGCCUUAGUAGCAGAAAGUCCUCCAUCCUAGGGCUAGCGUGGCUCUCAAAGCUUAGCAGCACCCUAGACCCUUCACCCUCCCUUGGCUCUCGGGACCAUGACUGAGGGACCAACUGGGCCCAAGAUGGGUGCCCCAAAGCUGUUAAUGACUUCAGCUGCCUCACUUCCUGCAGGAUCAGCCUGUGGCAUCUUUGCCUUGGGUGCUGACCACAGGGUCCAGGGACACUGGCCUCAGCCCAGAAGUGAAGGGGAGCUAUACAGAGAGCUGUGGGAGCCCCGGGGGCUUCCCUACCUCAGGCAGGAAGAGCAAGAAGGAGAGCCUGGCGCACAGGCAAGGAGGAUUGCAAAGGCCUGUCCUACCCAGUCUUUGUGCCCUGCCCCCACCCAGCCUGGGCAGCAGGGCUGCCAAGGUCAGAGUGGCUUGGCCAGGAGCCCUUCAGGCCUCUCCUCUGCUCCACCCUUGGCCUGUCUCAUCCCUGGGGGUCCCAGCUCAGCUUUGGCUACCCCGGGCGGGCUCUCUGCUGUACAUAUUCAAGACUAGUUUUUAUUCCUCGUGAAGAUGAUAUACUAUUUUUGUUAAGCGUGUCUGUAUUUAUGUGUGAGGAGCUGCCGGCUUGCUGUGCGCGUGCACGUGGAGAGCUGGUGCCCAGAGACUGACAGCCUGAUGCUCCCUCCUCACCCUUGCCUGGGGAAGCCCACUGGGGGUCCUGGCUUCUGAGGGGCACCUGUCCCUCCCCUCCCCUCCCCUACACUUGUUCCAGCUCUUUGAAAUAGUUUGUGUGAAGGUGAAAGUGCAGUUCAGUGAUAAACGGUGUCGACUCUGUGAA